AUGUCGUCGCCGAAAUCGCCGACGGAGUAUGACGAUAUAGGUGACAUAGAUAUAACUUUGAUGACCCUUAGAAAACCCACAGAGUUGAAGAAAGUGAUUGAUUCCGUGCCGAAACCAGUGAGAUCUGUGCCCAAAAAUGGCCUGCCUAUGUGGUACAGACUCGGCCUGGAGUCGAAGCUGCCUGUUCCCAAAAUGCCAUUGGGGAAAAUCAUUUUUGCGCGCGGGAAAAUUGGUGAAGACGUCCGACGUGUCGGCCUCGGCGGCACUGGCCCGCAGCCGACCUUUGACCUCACCGACCCUUACUGCCACAACGUGUCCUACGACUACGUGCCCAUGCACGACCCCCACUUGGCCCACCAUUUCGCCCAGAAGCCGGCGAGAAACAGGAUGAAGUUUCUCGGGUUCUGCACCAAGGACGGCAGGGCCGUGUGCUCGCUGAAGGAGUUCAAUCAGUAUAGGAAGUACCUGUACAAUCAGUUUAUGGACAGGAUUCACCAGGAGAUGAAGAGAUUGGAUGAGCGAGCUCGCGAUGACCUGACUCUCAGAAGGGUGGAAGUGGACGUGGCUCGUCGACUCCAGGUCUUCAUCAGAGCUGAACGCACAAGGGAGCACUUGGAGAGGAUUGCGCAAGAGCACGCCGACGAGUGGGCUGAGAAAAAGAGACAGGCGAAAGAACAAGAGAAAAAGAUCCAAGCGAGGAUGAAAUAUUUGGCAGAGUAUAACGAGAAACAGCGCAAAGAGCGAGCGGCGAGGGCCUACGAAAAACAGAACAGAAUAAAGCAGAGAGUGCAAGCGGCAGCAGAGAUGGAACUUAGAAGGAAGAUCACCAUGGUGCGACAGUGGAGGGCGAAUGAGAAGAAACGGGUGAACAGACUGAAACAAGAAAAGGAAGCGAAGCAGAAGAGGUUGGAGACUGAGGCCAACAACAAAUGGAUGGCCAGGGUGGAAGCCCAAAAUAAGAAGAUACAAGAAGAAUCUUUGCUACUGAAGUUGUAUGCCGAGGAUAUGAACGCUGGAGCCAUGAGGAGAGCUAAGAAAGCAGAAAUAUAUGCCUACAACACAGACUUGGAGCUGCAGAGGAUCAGGCUCGCCAACUGGAAGCUGAUGCACGGCGGCCACGCGAAGGCGGCGCAGCUGGUCAGGAAGAUGGGCGUGGAGUUCGAGAAGUCCAAACGCGGCGCUAAAGGCAUGAGCUUAGAACUGGCUCACAGGAUGGCGGCUGAAGCGAUGACAACAGCGUUGUCUACCCAGGGAGACGCGCUGAUGACCCUGGGACAGGCCCGCGCCAGGAUGGACAUUGAGACCAUAUUACCUCCCGCUCCCAUCAAACUGCUAGACGAGGUACUUGAGAGCGUCGUGAUGGAAUUCGCCAGAAGGCGUGUGAACCUUCUUCUCCGAGAUGUGGAGCGUGUUGUGAGACAUAGAGCUGCUGACGUGUUCUUUGUGGACUACCGCCCGAGACCGAAAAAGAGUAUGAAGAAACACAAACGGUACUCGAUGCAACUAGCGACGGAAUUGGCCCGUCAGUACGCUACAGUCCAAGGCCAGGCGAUCCUGUUUGGAGAUAUAGUUAACAUACAGUCUGAUGAAACCACUGAUCAGAUCAUGAAGAGUGUGAAGGACCGACCUCCUACCCCUGUGCCAUCGAAAACCAAGUUGGCAGAAGUGACAUUCAUAGACAGGGUAGAAGAUCUGCCAGAUCCCGUAGCUGUUCCAUCUUACCUGCCGGAAAGAAGAAAGCUAUUAGAGAUGGUGAACGCAGCAGCUAAACUUCUAUCGAGGAAUGUCAGUCAGACUGUACAUAAAGGCAUGGACGUCACUAUUGGGAAGGUCACGUUACCAGUAAUGAGGCAUCCAAUGGAAUGGGGCGAAGCGGUAGAAGGCUUGGCAUCAGCUGUGGUAAACAACCGAGUGAACGCAGACUGCGCCGACAUCCGCCGCACGGGAGAGUUCCUAGCGAACCGCAUCUUGAAGUCUUUGCAGCAGGAAAUGAAGAUUGAGAAGGAGAAAAAGAAACAUCCCAAAACUUCUGGAGAUGCUGAAUCGGAGCCUCAGUCAGACUUCUACGUUCCUGACAGAGCCAAUUCACCGGAAAAGGAGGAGUCACCUAAAACCUAGAAUGGUACUAAAGAAAGAUGAGAAAAGCCGAAGGAAAUCUGUUGUGUUUCUGUGCUAGUUUAACGAUACAUUUUUUUGAAAUUUAUAUAACGUUUCGUUUUGUAAUAGAAUAAACAUGUCUAUUAUAUUAACUUGA